GCUGUGAAUCAAUUAUUUUGAAAAAAUAUAAAAAUGUCGGCAACAUUGAAGCCUUAUUUAACUGCGGUACGACAUACGCUCACAGCCGCUAUGUGUUUAGAACAUUUCUCUUCACAAGUAGUGGAAAGAUACAACAAACCGGAGGUGGAGGUUAGAACAAGCGAGGAGUUGCUGUUGAAUCCAGUGGUAAUUUCACGUAAUGCCAACGAGAAAGUGUUAAUUGAGUCAUCUAUAAACUCGAUAAGAGUAAGCAUAAUGAUCAAACAAGCGGAUGAGAUCGAGAAAAUCUUGUGUAAAAAGUUCAUGCGUUUCAUGAUGAUGCGGGCUGAGAAUUUCAUCGUACUGAGGCGGAAACCGGUGGACGGAUAUCAUAUCAGUUUCCUGAUAACUAAUUUUCACACUGAACAAAUGUAUAAGCACAAAUUGGUUGAUUUCGUUAUAUAUUUUAUGGAGGAAAUUGAUAAGGAGAUCAGUGAAAUGAAGCUGGCUGUAAAUGCGCGUGCUAGAAUUUGCUCUGAAGAGUUUUUGAAGAGAUUCUAAACACAUACUGCCAAUGGUUGGGAUAGGGAUAGCUGGGCACAUGAGAAAGUAUAUACAGCCUUUGUUGAUGUUACAGUGCACAUAUUUGUAAAUAAUGUCAGGUGUUACAAUAGUAUAUCUGAACACCAGAAUGGGUCCUAUUGAAAAUUCAUGGCAUAAACAAAUUACUGCCAGUAAAAAAGGGACUUGACCAAGAACUUUUGUGUUAUUCCAUAAUAUGUUAUGUAACUUUGGUUACUUACAUAUUGGUAGAUGAAAUUUGAUUAAAAUAUAAAUAUUAAACAAUAACAGUUAUUUAAUUUUUAAUAGAAUGACACUUUUGUCACUUGUUUAAGACUUGAAUUCAUCUAAGCACCUUUAUUUAAGUACCUAAAAAUUCACAUUACAUUCUAAAAGGCUGAAUGGUUAAUAAACAACUUUGUAACAAUUUUCAGAUUUAAAAUAUUGCCCACUGCACCUAAUCCCUAACAAUAGUUUUGUUUAAAGAGCUAAAAACUACUUACUUUCCAAAACUUUGUUAAAUUAUUUUAAGGUAUUUGUGUAAUUUACAUAUUAAACUUCAAUAGUUGUAAGUUGAGUUCUUUUAGAACGAUGAAAUACACAAGAAUAAAUUGAAAACAUAUUUAAUUUUAAUUUUUACAGCACAAAUCAUUCAAAGAAACAAUCUAAUCAACUUUUUUUAAGAAGACCUUACAUAGCUUACUUACCUUAUUACCUUCAAUAUAAUUUUCGCAUCACAUCAUACAAUUUCUAGUUCUGUAAUGUUAUAUAAAAAAAUUAAGCAACAAUAACUAAUUUUGUAUAAAACUGUAAGUGACACCUAACUGUAGGAAUAGUUAUGUCAACUGUUAAAUGGAUAAACAAAUGCACACUCCCCAGCAAAAUGUUUCUUGUCCUUCCUUAUGCCAUCAUCAAUUUAAUGUAUGUCCUACUCCAGGCAUUCUUAUUUAUUUAUCUCAUGCCAUACAGCUUCACCAGUUAGAUUAGACCUUCAACAUAAUAUUACUAAUGUCAUUUAUAUUAAAAGUUUUUACUGGCGCCACCUUUGUAAUAUCCAUAAGUGUGAAUAUGUUAGAUGUUAAAAAUUUAUGAACAAAUAAUUUUUUCAGAAUCAGUAUUUUCUCUCUAAUCUAUGAGGGCGUACAAAUAAAAUUAUUAUUUUAUGCAAUUUAAUGCUAGAACUUAGAAAAUAAUAAAGAUUAAUAGUAAAAAACUUGAUUCUAUUGUGGACAUUGUAGUCAAUGUUUGUAAAAUUUGACAUUGGAAAGUGAACCCUAUAAAAUGGUUAAAUAACAGUGGUGAAAUGUCUAUAUUACACAUUUCCGAUUAGAAAUUUAGUGUAGAAGCGCUGCAGUGGCGUAACUAUGCCAUAGCUGCGCGUCUUUAGCGCUUCAGUAAUUUUUAGUUCACUAUUGUGCGCGCGUGUCACAGUAGUGGUGCUGCAACUUCGCUUCGACAUUCGAUAUACUGUAUGAGAAUUAGUAAUGGUGAGGCUGCAGCGCCACUGCAGCACUUCUAUAAGCGUUUAAUUUUAAGAUAGUUAAUGUCUUCCAUUGCAGCAUUUGCUGUGUACCUUCUACAUCGGUUUACCUUCUGCAAAUAUCCACCCUUCGCCACUGUUAAAUAACUCUGCAAAGAUGUGUCAAUAAUUGAAAGAUGAAAAAGAGUACAACACCAAACUUAUCUAAGUUGGAAUAUAGUUGUGGGCUUUAUACAGCAAAGUAAACGUAGUGCUUAAAUUCUCUUUGCAGCAAAGUAGUUAUUUCGGUCUUGACGCCAAUGUUGUCUUCGCAAAAUUAUGAGUCAUGUCUACAGUAAAUAUUUAUAUUAUAAAAUGUAAGCAAUUGAAUCAAGAAUUAUGUUACUUAUUCCUUAAGCUUAGAAAACCAACGUCUUUGAUACAUUUGUUAUUACUUUCACAGGUUAUUUGGAAGACAAAAUUUGUUCAAAGAAAUAAUAAAAUAUUGUUUUGGUGGUUUUGAAAAGAUUAACCUACAUUCCUCAAGUAUGCAAGCCUAACAUUUUAAAUCUUUUAAUAUAGGUAUAGAUUAAAUUUUAUUUAAUGCGUAAGUUGGCUGUCUUCUAG